UAACCAAAACUAUUAAAACCGAGUCAUGACGGUAUGUGUAUCUACCCUGUGUAAGGGAGGUCUUACAUGCACCCAAUAUGUGAGAGAUAUUUGAGGAUGGUUUCUUGCACAGAAUGCAACUUUGUCUUUCUCAAUUCCCCAUCUCACAAGAUUGGUUGGAGAGGGAAGGGUGUCGUAGGUUGCCCCUAUACAAAAGGAAGUUAGAUAUUGUGGCAGUGAAAGAAUUGUUCUCCAAGAUAAAUCAUUUUUCACAUAAGAGCACUAUUUUGUGCAAUUGCCUUGCAAAUGCAACUGUACAGCUCUGGCAUGGUAGAUAUUUUCAUUUUUUUCAAUGAUAUUGAAAACAAGCUUUCGGUAAGUAUAAGUGCCUUUCGGUGGUAUAUUUUUGUGGUCUAAGAGCCCUAAGCCAGCUCGACCAGUCUGAUGCAAACCUAAAAUCCUUUUGAAAUUGAGAUGACUAUCCGCCGAAAGAACUGCCUCACUAAUUUUCCAAUUUCCAGCUUUUAAAUCUGGUACGCACUUAGACACACAAGGGUCGACAGAAUCUCUUAGUAACAGAUGCCCACUGAUUUUGGCAGAUUUGAGAACAGAUGCAAGACUUUUCAGGGGAAGAGGACAAGGCGAUGUCGAGGAAUAUAAGGAAAUGUUGGAAAUUGAAUGAUGCAGUUUUAAAGGGAAACUAAGGUCAAAAAUUUUUUUUUCAUAAAAACGUUUAUUAUACUAUUUAAAAAAGAUACCUUAAAUUUUUUUUCAAAAAAAAUGUAUUUUUAUGAGGAUUUUAGUGUAAAAAGGUUAUUAUUUACAUCUCCGUUAGAGUACAUAAAAAACUCUACGAUGGAGAGCAAUGACGUAUGAUCCGCGAGUGAGUAAGUAAAACCAUACUAUAAGGUUCGCCUGAUUUGAUGUAUGAAGACAUAAAAGAUGAAUUUUACUUCUUAACUAUAAUUGUACAUUUUGUCUUUACUACUCAAAAUGCCAAGUUGCCUGGCAUAUGGAUGUUCGCAAACCACUGGGAGAGUAACUACUAAAAAAAGUUUUUUCAUGAUCCCAAAGCCAGUGAAUACAACUGAGAACUUUCGCGCAGCACAAUGGUUGCAUAAUAUUGGUACUGGAUUGAAUGUAGAAACAUUUCCAUUUGGGAAAAAUAAAGUUGUAUGUGAAGACCACUUCCAUCCUGACUGCAUAAAAGAUGAUUUAAAAGGACGUCUAACGGGGAUACCAUCGAAACGGAAAGAGCUACUUUGUGGAGCAGUUCCAACUAUUUUUAAACACGAAACUUACGAAUCUAUUAACAUGGAUGGCACUACCGUAUUAAAACGUGAUUCAUCUUUAAAAAGAAAAAUGCAGGAAGAAUGCCUACAUACCGUAAAGAAGUUACUUAGUGAAAACAAAGAAACCACACUUUCACAGACAUUACCGACAUCAUCAUGCGUCACGGAAAAUUCAAGUACAAACCAACUUGGGCUAACAAUUGAUCUUUGUUCUAAUGAAAAUGAGUCUAUUGAACAGCGUUUCAAAGACAUUGGAAUUCAGUGUUGUAUUAGAAACGCCGUUUCAAAUGUUGCAGCUCAAACAGGAUGUGAAGAAAGAAAUGAUUUUAGCGCCCAAUUCCCAGAGAUAUAUUCACCAGAUACCUGUCAACUGGACCCCACUUACAAAUUAAAUGUUAAAGCUACGUCAACUCCCAAAAAGAACAUUUUUGAAGUAAAUAAUGUAAACAUUUUGGAAACUACCACAGAUAUAUCUAUCACUUCUCUAUCGCUUACAGCAGACAGUAGUCAGUUAGAAGACGCCAUUGGGGAGGAUAAAGAAUAUGUGCCUGGUAAUUGCUCAACUGAAGACGACAUGGAGGAGGAUAAAAUAGAUCUUAUAAAAGCAAAAAAGUUUGUAGUUUACGAAAGCAUGUUGGAACAACUAUUUAGUUUUGUUCGAUGUCCUGAAUGCAACUCCUCAGUCACCGUUGAAAAAAGCCAUGUCGGCACAAGUAUGCAUUGUAAAUUCACAUGUUUGCUGCACACUCAUGUCUUCAAAUGGAAUACCCAGCCUCUACUCGGGAAACUACCAGCAUUUAAUUUGCUAUUGUCUGCGACAAUUUUCUUUUCUGGUGAAACAUAUGAUAGGAUACGAAAGCCAUUAGAAUUUGCUGGAAUGAAUUUCAUCAAUCACACAACAUUUUAUUCUAUACAGAGAACACUUGUUAUUCCAACUGUCAACAAACAAUUCCAAGAAUGCAUCAAAGAAGCGCGUCUUGAAUCAAAUGGUACGGACAACGCCAUUCUUGGUGAUGGAAGAUUUGAUUCACCUGGUAAAUCAGCAAAAUAUUGUACUUAUUCGUGCCAGUCUCCUACAACAAAAAAAAUCAUUGCCACCUCAACUAUACAAGUUUCUAAAGGAAAAGGUUCGGCACCACUCUUGAAAAAAAUAAAAAAGUAAAACGAUUUUCUAAGUAGAUUUGAUUUGUUUGUUAUACACUUUUUUUUAUAAGAACAAGGAAAUUUGGCUUGUAUAUUUUCUGUAUAUUUUCCAUCUUUUUCUGGGAAACUUUCACGAAUUUUUUUCACAACGCAUGCCGGUAUAACAACUCUACAUCCUUUUCCCAGUGUUUCAUAGUAAUGCACCCAAGCCGUAUAUUGUCUGUAUGCUGAAAAGCGUAGUUGUCUAAAAAGAAUAUAAUAUGUUUUGUUGUUGUGGAACCUAGGCCUUACAAAAUGUUGUAUAUAUAUUUUUAAAUAUUCUUUGACUCACAUUCA